GACACACACUGUUCACAUCCCACAUCCACAUGUGACCUACAGACUUCUCCGUCAGAAGCAAAACUACUCAGAUUCCACAGAGUGGAAGAAAAGGUCAGAAAGCCCAGCCCUCCCGUCACCUAAGCAUGGAGAAUCACCGCAGGCGGAGGAAACAGAAGCAUCCGUGCCUCAACCGUCCUCCCACACGGGAGACCAGCUGUCCCUCUGGAGGACACCUCCAUCUGCUUGGCCACCGGGGGGCCCAGGUCCACGCUGCCUGAGCGGCCCCCUGGCCAACGGCACCCAAGUUUGAAUGAGUUUCAUCAGCUCACAAAAAGCAGGGAAAGUUGCGCAGGAUUUCCUGGCCGAUCACUUCCCCGUGGGCGCUCACGCUUGCUUACGCCCCGGAGGAAAAGGUGUGUCCUCUGCAGCACAGCCCCAGCGGGCCAGCAGGAGGAGACGCUCGCUUGAUCGCAGGCAGGCAGGAAGGUAUAAAUCUGGCCUGGCAGCUGUCCUGGCGGAGGAAGGGACAAAGGGCAAGAAUCCUGCGCUGCAGGUCACUGAGGGUCCGUACUGGUGAACAUGGCCUUGGUACCGGCUGGGCACUGGACGACGCCCAGCCCUCUGGUUUACCUUGAAUCAUUCAGAAAGAAGCAGAGCUUCCUUGAGAGCCAGCCAGGAAUUUCACCCCACGCGCAGGCUCCCUCAUCCAGAAGGAAGUGCUCGCCUCUCCGGGGUUUCUGCGUUGGCUUGAGCAGAGGAAUGCAAGACAGAGGAGGCAUGGGGGUUUCCUGUGAGUGGGGUCCCCGCCACCUAAGGUCGCACAGGGUACAGCCCGCUGCACGUCAGAUGGCCACUUCCUAUUUCCCCCUGAAGCUGUCAGAAGCGAUGUUGGUCCUGUGCGUGUUGAUAGUGGGUGUUUCUGCCUUCACCCCUCCACCCAAGGAGCACACAGAGACUGCAAGCAACUGCUCAUUUCUUGGCAAGGAAUACAAAGCAGAGUUCAGGCUGGUGGGCGAGCCCGUGGUCCUGACGUGCCCCCUGAUUUGGUCCCUGACACUAGCCGGGGCCAGUGUCAGCCCCCAGCACCCCUUCACCUGGUAUAAGAAUGGCUCUGCUCAGCUGAUCUCAGAAGAGCCCAGGAUGCAGCUCAGGGAGAGCGCCCUCUGGAUUCUGCAAGCCAUGCGGGAAGACUCGGGCACCUACAUCUGCAGGGUCAGCAAUGCCACACACUGUGAUGAAAUGUCCAUCGAGCUCAAGGUUUUCACGGAGGCAGAAGCUCCCCUGUCCCUCAUCACGUACCUGCAGACACUCUUCCUGGGGGAUGACGGCAUGCUCAUGUGCCCGGACACGCACGACUUUGCCCAGGACCAAGCCAGCCCGAGCAUCCGGUGGUACAAGGGCUCUGUCCUUCUGGGUGAGGACGGCGGGAGGUUUCGCAACGUGGAGGAACUGAGGCGCUUGCUCAUAGUCAGCCCCUCCUUGGAGGAUGAGGGCUUGUACAAGUGCAUCCUGACCUUCGUGCACGAGGGCAGGCGGUACAAUGUCACUCGGCAGGUCCGACUCCGCAUCCGCGAAAUAACAGACACCGUUCCUGUGCUCAUUUCUCCCCUGGACACCAUCUCCGCAUCUCUGGGCUCAAGGCUGACCAUCCCAUGUAAGGUGUCUCUGGGGACCGGCACACCCAUGAACACCUUGCUGUGGUGGAUGGCCAACAUCACCGAGCUGGAGAGUGCCUAUCCCCAGGGUCGUGUGAGAGAGGGCCCUCGUCGGGAAUAUUCAGAAAAUGGUGAGAACUUCAUCGAAGUGCCGCUGAAUUUCGAUCCGGUCAUCAGAGAGGAUUUGAACACGGAGUUUAGAUGCACUGUCUCUAACUCACAGGGAUUCGAGACACUGCAAACUACGGUGAAAGAAGCCCACUCCACGUUCUCCUGGGGAGUCGCCCUGGCCCCCCUGUCACUGAUCUUCUUGGUUUUGGGCGGCAUCUGUAUUCACAAGCAGUGGAAGCGCAGAGCUAGAAAAGGAUAUGGUCUGCCGAUGCUCAAGACCGGCUCCCAGGACUUCUGUUCCCUCCAGGGAAAGUAAAGGCCACUCAAGAAUGCAGACCCAGCCCCUCCCUUUCUCAUGAGGGUGGCUGUGCUCUUCUCUCGGACUCUGGUGUUUCUCCUUGUUUAACGAAGCCCCUCUGUUUUCGGUGGAGAGCUGCAGCCUUAUCUCUGUUUUUUUCCUGAAAAUCGUUGACAGAACCGCAUGCACAUGUGGGUAUGAGCAGCUCUGUGUACCUGGGACCUAGUUAGGAGAACAGACGAGGGGCCCUGAAACCUGAGUGAGAGUGAAAACCACCAAACGGGGUUUGAAACUCAUCUAUUCAUUCAACAAAAAGCACCCUGAAAGUUGAUUUGGCCAGACUGCACGGGAAAUAGGAGACACAGAUAUGCUUAAGACAUAGUUUACCUUACAGGAAGGAGGAAGUCCUUUCUGAUCCUGGAAAAAGUGAGUUAGAAAUGCAAGAGAAGAAUCAGCAAGAAUCAGUGAAUUUUGGGGGAAAGGCGGUACAAGAAACAGCGACUGAAAUAGGAUGCAAGACACAACUUCGUAACAAUACUGAAAAUGAAGAGGAAAUCAAGAUAAUUGUACACAGCUGGAAAACUACAACCAGACCCUGUUUAUGUCAUACACCGAAAACCAUUCCAGAGGGGUCAUGGAAACAAAACGGAAUGGUAGAUACCGUCACACAGUUCACUUCCUGGUUAGGACUGGCACUUGGUAGAGGAAGAUUUGCACCCCCAGUUAGGCCGAGGAAGCAAGGGCGGGUUUUGAACGUCACUUUUAGGUUUCCUCCCGUCCUUUCCUCUUUCCUUUCUCUCCUUUUUAUGAGUCUUUGAAGAUGGAGAAGUGGAAAGAGGAGGCAGAGGCCUUGGGCAUCUGGCCAGGGUUUCACCCCUAAGGAGAGGGGAUGUGGGUUGGGGAAGGAAGUGUGGGGUGAGGACGUGGAACUGGCCCGGCCAUGCCUGUGCCCUCUGUGUCGCUGAGCGGGGGCCUCGUGAGGUGAGGUCUCAGCAGUGCCCUGGAAGAGGAGCUCACUGCAGCCCCUCCAGGACUUUCCAGACUCCACCUCCACUGCAGGGCAACAUGCCCUCCCCACCCUCUGGGCCAGCCUGGGCCACACUGCAGGGAAGGAGGAGACAGUUGGGGAACUUGGGGUGUUGGCUGUAUUAGGGAAUACGUAUGGAACCAGGAUGUCUCCAUUUAGAAACAGAAGCGUUGUUACCCUCCUAAGAGGCACACAGAAUCACUUAUGGGACAAUAUCUGAGAUUUGCUAAAUUUAUCCAGUGCUCGGAGAGAAGCAAUGACAUGAGAACAGCCACACGUUGAUAAUCCUCGGCUGUGAUGAGGCUGCACAGGCUUCCUCCACCACCCUCUACUUGUGUCUAGGUCUGGAUCCCAAAUGAAAAGUAAAAUGCAGUGCAGGAACAUCCCAAAUAAACUUAGGCAAGACAGCGAGUGUAUGAACAGCAAUGAGAGAGAACAGUGAAAUUUGUACAGCGGUAAAGUAAGCAAGUAACUAUAAUCAAUGAACUGUGAGUAAUAAUACAAAUGAAUCUUAGAAAAUAUUAAGUAGGUAAGUUGUAGAAAUGUUCAUUUAUAACAUGACGCUCUUUUAUAUAAAGUAAACAAAAAUACCUAAAACUAAACAUUUUCUGUGUCUACCCACACACACGCACACACAUGCAUACGCACGCGCAUGUGCACAUACAGACACAUGCACACACACACACUUGUUAAAAUAUAGUUUUGUCACAUCCAUGCUCCUAAAUGGAAGUAUGUGUGCUCAGGGGUUAUGGGUGUUGACGCUCUGGGUGCCAAGUGAGGGACAAGGGUGGAAAUGGGGGAGAAAUAUGUGAACUUUGUCAAGCUCUGCAUCUUAUUUUGGGUAGUAGGUUGUUACCAUUUAAUUCCAUAGCAAAUAGGUUAAAAAGACCAAAUGGCCAGUGAAGCUGCAUGUUUAAUCCAGGGUUAUGAUUAACCUAAUUCUGUGAAGUUCAAAUUAAACUCACCCAGAACAAACACAAGGGGCUGAUUUCAUAUUCUAAAGCGGGGAGUACUUGUAUUUUACUUUGAUUUUAUUUUUUUUAACUUUUGGAAGGAUGGGUUUUUUCAUAGCACCUCUACAGAACACCAAGAAAGUAUUGGCAGAUAAUGUUGGGAAAUUUCAUGCUUCCAUGAGCCCCUUAUAAGGGGAAAAAAGUACAUGCUAAGAAAUAAAUGCAUUAUUUAUUUCUUAAUAAACAGCCCGCUGGGCUGUUCCUACUCUUGGCCCCCAUGGCGGGGCAUCCUGUUCUCCACCUUGACACAGCCUGGCUGCCAGUGUCUGUGAUGGAAAAACUGUGCUCUGGGAUUUUCCUGCCAGCACCGAAGGGAUGCCAGGACUGGGCUCGGCCGGUCCCUGCCAGCUCCUGCCCUCAAACUGCUGCUGGUUUCCGCUGUGACCUCCUGCCAGCCGCUGCCUGGGACACACAGCUCUCUGUGCUUCUGUGGUUGUUUUCUACCCUGGGUGUCUGCAUGUCACAGGGCUCUGAGACGCCACAGUCCCCCCACAAGGGCCCUGUGCCCAGGUGUCCUGGGGCCAAACUGUCUAUUGACACCUGGGCUACAGCCUCUGUCCUGUGUGGUGUCACUAUUCCCUGGGCACCCACAGGAGUCCCUUCCAAGCUCAUAUGGCCACCAGGUUCCAAAGUGCAUGGUGGGGAGGGGUGAUGAGUCCUGACCUCUCCCAGGGAUCAGCUCCAAGUGUCCCCUCCUCCCUCUCCCACCCGCCUGCAAAACUCAUUUUCUCUGUGUCUUCAGACACAGCAAAGCAAACUAAGUCUCCUGCAGGGCUGCCUUCACUCACUGGUUCCCCAAACCCUGCACUGUGCUUCCCAGGCUCCAGGGGAGGCCAAGCACCUGGGGCUGGAGCACCUGAGAGAGAGAAGGCUGAGGUGCAGUCAAGGAACAGGGGAAGACAGCAGUAAUGAAUGGAAACGGGGCAGGCAGGUGGCUGCAGCGUGUGAGAUUUCACACCUGUGGCCUAGACCACAAUCUACCAGGUACAGUCCACAUGGUAGACCAGGAAGCCGAGGCUCGGUUUACUCUCACAACAGAUAGAACCAAGUCCCAGGAGGGGAUCAUAGCUGGGGAACAGCUAGUGGAGCAAGGUUACAGCAGGAAGGAGCAGAAUAAACAUCCUCUGCCAAACUCACCAGAAGUGAUGCUAACAAGGAUGAAACUGCACAAAAGGAAAGAACAACCGGGAUGGGAGAAAGAAGAAAAGGGAGGGGAACACACACACACACACACACACACACACACGUGCAAGAUGGUGAGAUAAUCACACGGCUCAUUCUAUUCCUUCAUGGAAAGGAACAGCGCUCAUAGUGCUGGACUUUGCAAGUCUGUAUCUGGUAACCCGAGCAACUAUUUUGCAGCUAACCAUAUGUAACAUGACAGCCAUUGUUAAAUUCCUGCCAUUUGUUUUGAAAUCCUGUAUGACCAUUGGGUUUUUGUUGUUGUUGUUCAUUUGCUUUUUGGUUUUUCUGGUUUUUUUUCUCUUUAAAAUAAAAAAUUAACAGAACAAAACAAAAACCAAGGAACCUGCCCCAAGGCAGCAUCAGAAAUGGGAACCCAGGGCCCCUCUGCCCUCCUGCUGCAGUCUAUCCCCUUAGCCUCGGGGCUCCCCCCAGCCUGUGGUCAGGGGGGGCCUUGUCUGUCUCCAUUCAAACAGCCUGCAUGACCUUGACCUUGGGGAGCUUGCUUUCUUCUAAGCCUGCAGGGAAACAGCGUGGAUUUAGCCCCAGAAUGCUCAGAAAUGCUUUGAGCAGGAUGUGAGUUUACAGUGUUAAAACCAAGGCUGAUCCUUCCCUUAUAUUUCUUAUCCCAAAUCACUGUUGAAAAGGUGGAUUUUAUUAUUACCCAGGUAGGGCGAGGCCUACUGAAGUGGCACUGAAAGACAGGGAGAGAUUCAGGUGUCCCAAGGUUGAGAGGCUCAGGCCACACAGUGGGGAUCCAGGGCCGCCCCAGGGUUGGCCCGGAAGCAGAGGUGCAGGGAAGGUCUGGCUUCUGCAGGAGGAGAGAUGAGGUGGGGAUGCGGCAGAGGUCUGCCUAGUCUGAAUAACUUAGGGGUUCAGGGAUCUAGAGGUGUCUCCUCCAAUUGUUGCAGGCAGCUGAAUUAGAAAUAUUAUAGGCAGUCAGACAGGGGCCAGGGCAGACAUCUUGCAACUGUGGGGGAGACAGACAUCUCCACAGUGGGCCAAGCCUCAAGACAAAGGAUCAAACAAAUGCAUUCACACCCUAAGGAUUAAUUCUAAUUAGUUCCCUAUCACCCUGAGGAAGCUUGGAAUCACCAUUCCAACCCACUAGGGAAGAGUCAUAGCUCUAAAAAUGCCCACUUCCUAUGUGACUUGCUUUCCCAUUUGUCCCCAAUUUAAUCAAUUUUACCUGAACUACUAAUCUUGUUGGCUAACUAUAGUUAUGUCCCACCUUAUGCCCAUCUGUUUUGUGAGUUUCUAGUCUUCCCCCACCUUGAACUGGUCUCGCCCAUGAUUUUGCUCUAUAAAAGUCCCUACAAAAGACAGAGUCCUAGGCAACCUGCUUGGGACCUCUUCUGUCUCUCUUUAGACAGAAGGUUUCUUUUUCAAUAAAUAUGUUCUAUUCUUUA